AUGGCGGUGUCCAUAGCACAGCGCCCGGCUGCCAACGCUCAUGUGUUGAUAUUAACUUUUCUCACAACGUUAAUAUUUCACCGCAGUGUCGCCGACAUUGCCGCCGGUGCCUCGACGUCAGAGGAGCCUCCUCACCGCCGCUUCGAGUACAAAUACAGCUUCAAAGGACCGCACCUGUCCCAGACCGACGGCAGUAUCCCGUUUUGGAUCCACACUGGAAAUGCUAUCCCUAGUGCAGACCAGGUGCGCAUUACGCCAUCCCUCAGGAGUCAGAGAGGCAGUGUGUGGACGAAAAACAAAGUCAGCUUCGAGCACUGGGAGGCCGAGGUGACCUUCAGAGUAUCAGGAAGAGGUCGAAUGGGAGCAGACGGUUUGGCUGUGUGGUUCACUACAUCACAAGGCCUCGACGGUCCAGUGUACGGUGCUGCCGACCAGUGGAAUGGAGUUGGAAUCUUCUUUGACUCUUUUGACAACGACGGGAAGAAAAAUAACCCUGCCAUAGUUAUUGUGGGAAACAAUGGAAACCUUGUUUAUGACCAUCAGAAUGACGGCACCACACAAGCUCUCGGCACAUGUUUACGAGACUUCCGCAACAAACCCUAUCCUGUCAGAGCCAAAAUAACGUACUACAAGAAGACGCUGACGGUGAUGAUCAACAAUGGUUUCACUCCAGACAAAGAGGACUUUGAGUUCUGCACAAAGGUAGACAACAUGAUCAUUCCCAGCGAAGGCUUCUUUGGCAUUUCAGCUGCCACUGGAGGUUUAGCAGACGACCACGAUGUUUUGUCCUUCUUGCUGUUCAGACUCACAGAGCCAGGCCAGCAGCCGCCCCCACCUGAGUCUGAGAUUCCUAAAGAAGAGAAGGACAAGUACCAGGAGGAAUUUCAGAACUUCCAGCAAGAGCUCGACAAAAAGAAAGAGGAGUUUCAGAAAGAGCACCCAGACGUCCAGGGAGAGCCAAUUGAGGACUUGUACGAGAGCGUGAAUGACCGGGAGAUCCGUCAGGUGUUUGAAGGCCAGAACCGGAUCCACCUGGAGAUCAAACAGCUCCACCGGCAACUCGCUAUGAUCCUGGACGAGCAGCGCCGAUAUGUCUCUGUUAUCACUGAUGAGGUCGCCAAGAAGGGGACGAAUGCUGAGUCGGGACAGCUGGAUGCUACAGGUCAACAACAGUUGGGCUCAGUCCUAGCCAACCAGCAUGAGGUCCUUAAAAAUCUGAAUGAGCUGAGAAACUCCUUCUAUGAGUCGCUGAAACAGAUCGGCUCAGUGCAACACCAGGGUAACACAGGUGGGAUGGGAACAUACGAGACCAUGCAGCACUUCAACGACAUCAAGGAACAUCUGCACACGGUCAAAAGGGACGUGGAGCACCUGGUUCAGCGUAGUGCUCAGAACCCUGCUGAGAAGGCCUUUAAGUGCCCUGAGGUGCCUCCCAUGCCUUCCUGCUUAUCGACUGUUCAUUUUGCAAUCUUCAUCGUGGUCCAGUCAGUCCUGUUCUUCUGCUACAUCAUGUACAAAAGUCAACAAGAAGCAGCAGCAAAGAAGUUCUUUUGAUGAAAUGCUUUUCUGAAAAGAAAGUGUGUAAAUUAGGGAAUGUCCAUUUUGGUAAUUUUUUUCUUUGGUUUGAUCAUUUUCAGAUUGUAAGUUAUUAUACUUGAAAAUUUGGUUUUGCUAGAGAAGUUUGUUUUAAUUGCAGAUUUUUAAUUUGAUCAGUAAAAUGUUGUGUAUGACUGCUAGUGUGAGACUUCUGGAUUUCCAACAUGGUGUAACAUGUUCCUGACAGUAUUUUUGGUUGGUCAGAUUCUUUUUUUUAUUUUGUUUUCAAAAUAUGAAAUCUGUCCCCAGUCCCAUUCCAUGCAACUGAACUGACAACAACAACAAAAAACCUGUGUUUUGAAAUGUGCAAUUUUGUAUAAAAUAAUGCUGAACAUUUGGUGAUGAAAACUCAGAGCAGAUGUCUGCUUCUGUUCAUCUGUUUUGAUCGGGUCAAACAUGUCAGAAUCUGACAUAUCCUUUACAUGAACAAUUUACAUAAACAGAAAACCCAAAUCA